CGUUAUUCAUUCCAUCCCGUACUUUUUGUGGUACGGUACUAUAACUUUCAUUUUGUCGCUCGCCGUCAUUCAAAAUCAUUAAGACUUUAAAGCUAAACGUUUUUAUUGUAUCGAUUUAUUCUAGGUGAAAGUAAUGUUGUAGAGCAACCCAAGAUAUUUCAUUCAUUUAUCCGUAAACCUUUCAUUAUUGGGGCGGAGACUAUAAUAAUUAAUGGGCGGGGCCAAGUAUACGGUUCAAUACCGUGUUUAGUGGUAUUGUUUAUAUCAUCAGCAGCAGCCGCAGCAGCGAGUACCUGUCAAAGGUUGCAAUAAUGACAGAAUGGAGUAUAGAACCAGACAAGAUAUUUCUCCUUCUGCUGGUAUUAGUUCUGAGCAUUGUGUAUCUUUUAAAGAGCCGCGUGAAGGACUUUCCUGAUGGCCCUAUUUGCUAUCCAUUUAUUGGGAGUAACCAGUUUCUACAAACCAAUGCACACAUACGGUUGACAAGAUUAAAGGAGAAAUAUGGAGACAUAUACAGUAUACAAAUUGGCAAGAAGCCAGCUGUAAUCGUUUGUUCAUUGGAAGGAAUUGAAGAAGGGCUGUUAAAAAAAUCACCAUCAUUUGGGGGUCGCCCAAGAGACUUUCUACCACCCACUCUCUUUAACGGUUGUCAUGAUGGAGGUAUCAUUUUUUCAGAGUUAAACAUGAAGUAUAAAAUAAAGAAGGACUUUGUACUUCAUAGUCUUGACAAGCUGUGUUGCUCAGAACUUAUCGAGGGCGCAAUAAGCAGAGAGGCCCGUACAGUAACUGUUCAGCUACUUGCCCACAAAGGGACAUGUGACCUAUACCCGAUUUUAGAGUCUACAAUGCUUAGAAUUCUAUUAUUUGUUGUCAACGGCAAAAUGUAUUCAUCAAAUGAUGAAAAUUUUCAAGAAAUUUGGCGAACUUUUAGUUUGAGGGCUGAAGAAAUGUUUAAGAAUUGGUCAAAUUUGAAUGGUGCCGUGUUUCAAAGUCUAAGGCAGAAAAACACGUUAGAACUUAUAGAAAGGACUAGACUACAUUUUGAGUACCAGAGAGAUAUUGUUAACAGACAUAAAGAUUGCUUCAACCCAGAGAUAGUCAGUGAUGUCAUAGAUCAUGGCCUGGUAAUGUUGGAGAGAUAUGAUGAUAUGGGUCAGCUGGAUCAAGAUGAACUGGAUGCGUUAUUUGUUGAACUGUGUGGGUCUGGAUACAGACAAGUAGCGGCUACACUACAGUGGUUGGUCUUAUAUAUAUCAGAGAUACCAGACGUUCAAGGAAAAGUAUAUGAUGAGUUGAUGUCGGUAGUUGGUAAAAAUCGGCUGCCGUAUCUGUUAGAUCAACCGUACCUACCCUAUACAUGUGCUGUGAUCAUGGAAACACAGAGGCUUGCCACUGUGAUGCCAUUUAUGUAUCCGCAUUCCACCACAGAAAAUACUUCAUUCAUGGGAUAUCAGAUUCCCAAGGACACUAUCAUGCUGUUUAAUCUUUGGAGCCUUCAUCAUGAUCCCAAACACUGGAAACAUCCGAUGAAAUUUGAUCCAGACAGGUUUCUGAAGGACGGUGCCUUACAUAUUCCUGACCACUAUUUACCGUUUGGUGAUGGACUCCGUUCAUGUCCGGGUGAAAGUUUAGUUGACAUCAUGUUAUUUAUCUUUGCCACCCAUCUUCUUCAUCAACUCAGCUUCAAACAUACGAAUACAGCAGACCUUGAUGGAGAGUUUAACGGGUUUGUGCUAAAACCGAAGUCUUUCCGAGUGAUUAUGGAACCGAGAGAUCCCAUUACCAUGGAUACGGAAGAUAUAGAGACACAAGCAGAAACAGUGGUUUGUUUUAUAAAUGGGGAAGAAAUAUAAGCAAUUGUGACUGGAUUUAACUCAAUAUAGGAUUGGAGCAGUACCUCUAGAUGCUUGCAGAAAUCAUGAUCACAAAAUAGACAAAUAUCAGGGUUUUUUUCGCCGAUUUUUACAUUUUUCAUUCAUUAUCAUACCUAAAUUGUUGUGUAAAGAUGAAUUAGAUCUUUUCAAGUUCAUUCCGUUGGGUAAAAAGGCAAGAUUUUAGUAUUUUACCAUUCAAGCGCCUUGUCCGGUAUAUACCCGAAUACCGUAUUUAUUGUGGUGCUCCAAUCCUGUUUUUUGUCUCACUCAUUGUGACUCAACAUUUUAAUUACACCAAAUUAUGAAAAUCACAGUUAAAUCAGAAAUUUUUGCAAGGGCUUAAAUUUCACAAGUACAUGGAUCACAAAUUGAAGAUUUAAGUCAAAGGGUUUGACUUUAUGAGAUUGGAUAAAUGCAUGUAUGGCAUUUUACAGAAACAACCAAAGAUCCCAGGGACUAUGAAUUAAUUAGCCAAUGCAUAUUGUAAGCAUCAUUUAAUACUGAAUUAUCUCCCUUUUGUGCACUGUUGUAUUAACAUAUUUGCAGUAAACAAGGCUCUGUUAUAGUUUCUUGUUUUCACUGCACAGUUUUACAAAUAUAUAUCAGUCUGCUAGGUCUUGGUAGUUUUGGCUCUGCCCACUUUCAUAUUUAUUUGUCAUUUUUGCUUUUCACAAAUAUGAUAUUUAUUUGGCUGAUAUAUCACCAUAUUUCAUGGGUAAUAUUAAUUAAAUAAAUGUACAUAUUCUACAUUUUGGCUAAAUUUACUACUUUCUUGGAAAUGUGAAGUCUUCUGAAUCAGUCUAUUUAUUAUGGCCUUUGUAUCUGAACAUUAGACCCACCUGCAUAUUGUCUUUCAUUAGACAUGCUAUAAUAUGACAUUGACACCCAAAUUUACUAGACACUACUGUAUUAUGGCAAUGUGCAAUUCUAUAAAAAAAAAUAUAAAUGUCUGUUCCUACUUU